AGGAUGCAUCAGAUUCUUUUUUGGGUGGGCACUUUCUGCCCCUCCUCUGGAAACUGACGAAAUCAUGGGUGGACAUGGAAUUUGAACUUGCUGCCGGCUCAUGUCUCCAGUCUUUCCGUGGGCACCAGGGAAAGAAAGAGCACUGAAGUCUGCUGCUCACUAUUGGAGCAUCAGAGAUAUUUGCACUUUUUUGCGAAGGGUUGCAUUUGGAGAAUCAGGAAUAGCCAAGACUGCCUACAGGAAAACAACUGAGAUGUUAUUGGACGUUAAGCACAUCCUCUGGUUGGUCUGCGCCUGCAGCGCUGCUGUAACCAACGAUGACUCCGCUCGUAGGAUGAGGGUGGAGAGGAGUUCUCCGGUGAAGGGCUCGCUGGCGGAGCAGGUGGUCCUGCCCUGCUAUUUCUCCAUCCUCCCGCCUCCUACCGGCAGCUCCAGCACCUCCACCACUGCAGCCACGGCCACGGCCUCCAGCGCCCACCCGGACCAGCUCCGCAUCAAGUGGACUAAACUCGUGGGCGAUGAGGAAAUCAUAGUGAUUGUGACCCAGAAUGGGUUCCUCAAGAUCGGGCCGGAGUUUAAAGGCAGGGUAUCGAUUACCAGCCACUUUGAAGAUGUGGGCGACGCGUCUCUGACCAUAGAGAGGCUCAGGGCCAGUGAUGCGGGCGCUUACCGCUGCGAGGUCAUGCACGGCAUCGAAGACACCCAAGAGUCCGUCUCCCUGAAUGUCAGCGGUGUUGUGUUUCAUUACCGCUCCAGCACCAGUCGCUACACUCUAGAUUUCGAGCGCGCCAAGCAGGCCUGCAUUGAUGUGGACGCCACCAUCGCCACCGCAGAGCAGCUUCAUUCAGCCUACGAGGACGGAUUUGACCAGUGUGACGCCGGAUGGCUGGCCGACCAAACCGUCAGAUACCCCAUAACCAGGCCGCGUGAAGGCUGCCACGGCGAUAUGAUACUGAGGCCAGGAGUCAGGUCAUACGGACUCAGAAAUUCCUCUGAAACGUAUGAUGUGUACUGCUAUGUAGGAAAACUGCAGGGUGAGGUGUUUUUCACUGCUGCUGAUGCUAGGAUGACUCUAGCUGAGGCCAGGGAGGAGUGCGAGAGACAGGACGCAAUUUUAGCGUCUCCAGGUCACCUGCAUGCAGCCUGGAGGGCCGGCUUGGACCGCUGUGACUUCGGCUGGCUGUCUGACGGCAGCGCCCGCUACCCCAUCUCUCUACCCAGACAGCAGUGCGGCAGAGGACAGCUGGGCGUGAGGACAAUGUACCGCUUCCUCAACCAAACCGGAUUUCCUUUACCGAGCGAGAAGCUGGGAGCUUUCUGUUUCAAAGGAUGGGAUCCCACAACUGUACCCCCAGCUGGACCCACAACACCUCCGGUUCUCAUAGACAGCCAUCUAAUCUCUUCCCUUAAAGCAGUCUCUUCUAUGCCAGCCCAUGGCACCACAGAAGAGCCACCAUACAUGUUCUCUGCAAGCAUGGCUCCACGUGACAGAGGCACUCCUGAAGCGUAUCCCUCUGCUAAAGCCAUUGCUGUUGUACCAACUGAAGCUGAGAGAAAUUUGGAUAUGGAAACCACAACAUUUAAUGACUAUGAAGACAAAGACAGCUCCUUGGUGCAAGGGGUACCCCAUAGUGUAGAUAACUACUUUGCUGUCCAGUUACCCUCAGCUACACCUACCACACCUGAAAUGCCACAUUAUUCAGAUUCAGUCUCUUCUAUGCCAGCCCAUGGCACCAGAGAAGAGCCACCAUCCAUGUUCUCUGCAAGCAUGGCUCCACGUGACAGAGGCGCACUUGAAGCGAAUCCCUCUGCUGAAGCCAUUGCUGUUGUACCAACUAAAGCUGAGAGAGUUUCGGAUAUGGAAACCACACCAGUCCCUACUACACCUGAAAUGCCCCAUUAUUCAGAUUCCUUCUUCUCUAUCCAGAUUCAACGUCAGUCCACCGCAGGGAACAUGCAUCCUGGUUUGAAAACUCCGCAUGGGGGAGACAAUGAUGUGGAGGGUAGCAGCAGUGGUGACAUGGAUACUUCUGGGAGUGUGAUUCCUACUUCACCUGUGUUUACUACAGACUUGCAAGGAGAUCCAGACAAGCCAAAAAUUGUGUACAAAGAGGAUGAAACCACAGCAAACAUGACUGAAGGAAGUCUGGACUUGGCUGAGUCCACUUUGCUAACCCCAGAUUUAAGUAAAGUGAACUUGCACAGCCAACAGAUUGAUGCCAAGAAGGACGAUGACUUUCCACUGGGCAUCAAUGUGUUCAUAUACAACAUUACGCAGAGAAAUCAAUCAGUUGAUGCUUUUGAUACUAAAGCACUUGAUGCUAUUCUAAAAUUCCUUGGAGAACCAGGGCUUUCUACUCCACUUAUAACGGCUGGUGAAAGUGAGCCACCUUUAGGCAGUGGAGACCUUAUAGGUGAAACAUCAGCUUCUGUUACCAUCACGCCAAAAGUGAGUUUCAUUAACGGAAAGCACGAGUUGACUCUGAAACCAGAUACUGACCAAACUCAGGAGGCUAGAGGAGACCAGUUUGACACUGCUAUCCCACCAACAGAAAAAAACAUCCCCGAUGAUGAGAUAGAAAUACUUACGGAGGAUGCUGAAGGCACCACAUCUUCCCCUGAAACAGACGAAUCUGGCUCAACAACCAGAAGCCAAACUGAGCCUCAUUUCUCAACAAAGAGCUUGGAAAGUAGAACCAUGACAGAGCUGCCCACAUUUUCAACCAAAUCUCCAAGCCAGGAAAUGACCCCACAAGCCAUAUCAUUAAGCAUGCACGAAGAAGGUUCGGGGAUGCGCACAACAGAUGAUGAUGAGGAACUGACCGCCUUGGAAGGUUCUGCGGAUGACACACUUCCAGCAACUAAUGACCCAUUUGUGGUGGCUACCGACGAGACUGAAAUAGCUGAAACAGAGAAGACUACACCGGCAUUUGGGGUUGACUGCAAUACCAAAGGACCAAUUGUUACAACUCCAGAAGCCAGUACUGUAGAAAUGAAGACAACAGAGAACAGAAAAAUGAAACCAGAAACAGAAGAUUUUGAGGGCUCAACCUCCACUGAAGACGAGGGCUCGGGACAAGAUAUAUAUGCAACAGAAGAAUCAAAACACACAACUUUAUCUCCAUCUUUCACUGUUUCAUCUCACAGCUUUACAAGUUCCUUAACAAGUGCUCAUCCCAAAGAGCCAAGGCAACCUGUUAGUUUAGUUUUGCCCAGUACACAGCCUACGAUUCGGGUGGUUUCAACUUUUCAAACAGAGGCAAUCUCAGAAGAAAGCACUCCUUAUAUUACACACUCUGAGAAAGACCAAGACACAAGUACAACUAAGAGUCCUUUAUUGGUGCCUGAGAUUGAAAAAGAUGUAAGUACAAUCUUCACCAUCUCUGAGGACAUCAGCUCUGGUGAUCAGCCAACUGAAGCAUUCUCAAAACAACCUUUCUCUGCAACUACUGUUCCAUCCCUUCUCAUUCAACAAACUGAAGAAAUGAGCGUUGGUGCAUAUGAUGAAGCAACUAAAGUAUUUGAAGGUUCUGCAGAAGACACAACACCAUUGAUUUUCACUAGUGUCCAAACCCAAACAAAAUUCACAACCCAAAGUUCAGAAUCCACCAUUCUGCCCACGGAUAGUCUUAGAGCAGUAAUGUCUUCCUCCCAAGAAACUGUUCUAAUCCAAAAAACACCUUCAGAAGAGGCAACCACCUCGGUGCAGUCAUCAGGGACUUCAGGCUCCCAAGAAACUGAUUUAAUCCAAGAAUCACCUUUAGAAGAGACAACCACCUCAGUGCAGUCAUUAGGGACUUCAGGCUCCCAAGAAACUGAUCUGAUCCAAAAAUCACCUUCAGAAGAGACAACAACCACAGUGCAGUCAUCAGGGACUUCAGGCUCCCAAGAAACUGUUCUGAUCCAAGAAUCACCUUCAGAAGAGACAACCACCUCAGUACAGUCAUCAGGGUCUUCAGGCUCCCAAGAAACUGUUCUGAUCCAAGAAUCACCUUCAGAAGAGACAACCACCUCAGUGCAGUCAUCAGGGACUUCAGGCUCCCAAGAAACUGUUCUGAUCCAAGAAUCACCUUCAGAAGAGACAACAACCUCAGUGCAGUCAUCAGGGACUUCAGGCUCCCAAGAAACUGUUCUGAUCCAAGAAUCACCUUUAGAAGAGACAACCACCUCAGUGCAGUCAUCAGGGACUUCAGGCUCCCAAGAAACUGAUCUGAUCCAAAAAUCACCUUCAGAAGAGACAACAACCACAGUGCAGUCAUCAGGGACUUCAGGCUCCCAGGAAACUGAUCUAAUCCAAAAAUCACCUUCAGAAGAGACAACAACCUCAGUGCAGUCAUCAGGGACUUCAGGCUCCCAAGAAACUGAUCUAAUCCAAAAAUCACCUUCAGAAGAGACAACAACCUCAUUGCAGACAUCAGGGACUUCAGGCUCCCAAGAAACUGUUCUGAUCCAAGAAACACCUUCAGAAGAGACAACCACCUCAGUGCAGUCAUCAGGGACUUCAGGCUCCCAAGAAAGUGAUCUAAUCCAAAAAUCACCUUCAGAAGAGACAAUCACCUCAGUGCAAUCAUCAGAGACUUCAGAAGAGAUAACACAAGAAAUAUCACUUUCUACAUUUGGAUUCUCAACGGAGAAGCCUCUCACCUCAUUUACCCAAGUUUCCAGUUAUCCCACCACCAGUGUUGCUACAGACUUAAAUGUGAAAGAGCCAGUUCAGGUCUUGGAUAGGGCAACUACUUCUGCUACAGAAGAUGUUUUCACCACCCCCAAAGCCACAAGAACUGUGGCAUUUGAAGAGAAUGUUGUAGAUUAUGAAGAUGUGGCGGGUCCCUCAAUUGUUGAAGGACAACCACCAUCCAGGGAAGAGUUCACCACAAGAAAACCAGAAGUCUGGAGAGAUUCCAGCUACACUGUUGAGAGCCAUAUGGAGGAUUUGCAAGGUCUCACACUUUGCUCUGUCAGUGUGUGUGAAAAUGGUGGAACUUGCUAUUCUAAUGGAAAAGGAAACAAGUGUUUCUGCAUGCCUGGAUACAGUGGGGAACAUUGUGAAAAUGACGUUGACGAAUGCCAGUCAAACCCUUGUCGCAAUGGAGGAACAUGCAUUGAUGGGUUAAACUCUUUAAGUUGUGUCUGUCUGCCCAGCUAUUCAGGACCCCUCUGUGAGCAAGAUACGGAGGUUUGUGACUUUGGCUGGAACAAGUUUCAGAGCCACUGCUAUAAGUACUUCACACACCGGCGGACAUGGGAAGCAGCGGAAAGAGAGUGUCGUCUGCAGGGCGGUCACCUCACCAGCGUCCUGUCCCAUGAAGAGCAGCUCUUUGUUAAUCGCUUGGGACAUGACUAUCAGUGGAUCGGACUGAAUGAUAAAAUGUUUGACAAUGAUUUCCGCUGGACUGAUGGACACCCUAUGCAAUUUGAGAACUGGAGAGCGGGUCAGCCGGACAGCUUCUUCUCCACAGGCGAGGACUGCGUUGUGAUGAUCUGGCAUGAGAGCGGCCAGUGGAACGAUGUGCCGUGCAAUUACCACCUGACCUUCACCUGCAAGAAGGGCACAGUGUCCUGCGGUCAGCCUCCUGUCAUAAAGGAUGCCCAAAUCUAUGGCAGCAUGAAGGCGCGCUAUGAGAUCAACUCUCUGGUCAGGUACCACUGCAAGGACGGCUUCAUCCAAAGACACGUUCCCACUAUCAGAUGCCGAGAAGACGGCCACUGGGACAAGCCCAAAAUCACAUGCUUGAAUCCAUCUACCUACCAGAAGAUGUAUGCACACAAAUAUCAAAACAAUAACUAUUACAACAACAGUAAGAGACGCUAUAGCGAGUCGACGCAGUACCGUCAUGUCUGGUCAAAAACAGCAGAUGAUUCCAGACACUGAUCUCCAUCCAGAGCUACAGAUGCUUCACGUCUACAGAGAAAGUCUAAAGGGGCGAAGCCAAACCAUGUGCCUGAUGAAUGUUUUAGAGCCGAGAAGUGAAUUACCCUGAGGGACUGCAAAAAAACACCAUCACCCACCCACUGAGAGUGUACUUUGACUAUGCAACAGUCAACAUUGCAUAUUGUAAUAAUGUCUUAAUGUUUUGACAUGGGGAGGGGGGUUGAAUGGGGGGUGAAUGGUGACUGUUAUUUAGUUUAAUUCAUCCAUAACUUUUGCUUACGAAGAACUGGAUUUCCUGUUCUCUCUGGCACAAUAAGAGUGCACUAUGGUACGAGCAGAGUAUAAACAGAACAAUUACAGUACGCAAGAGUAAAAGAACAAUAGGCAUUAUAUUGUUUCACAUUGUGGUGAGGGGGGUUCAAAAGAGAUGUCACGGGGCUGGAGGACAAACAAUGCUGAAAGGACUGCAAAUCAUGACUGGAAAACAAAUCUUCAACAUCGUCUUCCCCGGCAGCAUCCUCACUGGUUGUGAGGAUUACUCAGAUAACAUCAAACGAUUGUACACUCUCAUAAUCAUAUU